AUGGCUCUCGUGGGUGGUGUGGAACUGCGGAAUGUUAUUCGUGUAGAACGUGUUGGAGCACAUUCACACAUCCAUGGUCUUGGAGUUGCUUCUAAUUUCGAUCCAGAAGAUGUUGCCGAUGGUAUGGUUGGACAAAUCCGAGCGAGAAAGGCCGCUGCUAUAGUGGUGAAAAUGGUUCAGACAGGUAAUAUCGCUGGACGAGGCGUCCUUAUAUAUGGUCAACCAGGAACAGGGAAAACCGCCAUAGCUAUGGGUAUCGCCAAAGCUCUCGGUCAGGACACUCCAUUCGUCUCAGUUUCGGCAUCUGAAAUAUUCUCAGUCGAAAUAAGUAAAAGUGAAGCUCUCACACAGGCUUUCCGCAAAGCCAUAGGAGUUCGUAUUAAAGAAGAGACAGAGGUUCUCGAAGGUGAAGUUGUUUCGAUUGAAAUGGACAGGCCAGCUACUGGAGUUGGACCAAAAGUUGGGAAAUUAUCACUGAAAACAACAGACAUGGAAACCAUUUACGAUCUUGGAAGCAAAAUGGUUGACCAGUGUAUUAAGUUGCGUGUUUGUGCUGGCGAUGUUAUUCAGAUCGAUAAAGGCUCAGGAAGACUUACUCGAGUGGGUCGUUCUGCAACGCGCUCACAUGAUUAUGAUGCUAUGGGGCCGCAAACGAAAUUCGUGCCUUGUCCAAGAGGGGAAAUUCAAACAACAAGGGAGGUUGUACAUACAGUUUGCCUGCACGAAAUUGAUGUCAUAAAUUCUCGCAGCCAAGGAUUUCUUGCGCUUUUCACCGGGGAUACUGGAGAAAUUAAAAGUGAAGUUCGUGAACAGAUCAAUAAGAAGGUUGCGGAAUGGCGAGAAGAGGGUAAGGCGAUGAUUCAACCAGGUGUGCUGUUUAUUGAUGAGGCCCACUUGCUAGAUCUAGAAUGUUUCUCUUUCUUAAAUAGAGCUAUGGAAUCUGAACUCAGCCCCUUGCUCAUCAUGGCGACGAACAGAGAUAGAGGUGUCGUCCGUGGAACUGAUGUAACCGCCAAUUACUGCCUUCCUCCUGAUCUCGUUGAUCGCCUUAUUGGUAUUGCAACAAAGCCGUAUACAAGUGAUGAAAUCGGUCGAAUUUUAAGUUUGCGUGCCGAUGAAGAAGGAGUUAGGUAA